ACAGCACUAUAGCUUGUGGAACCUUCUAACUGCUUCCUCCGCUAUACAUGUCGUCAAAUCAAUUCAUACGCCGCAACAGGCCAGCAUUAUCACCACCAUCGUAAUUACUAUAGUAGUAGCACCACCUAAAUUAUUAGUAACAUAGCAGCCACCGCCUCCACCACCAUCACCGCCAGUGAGGCACCAGCCACCACUAUCAUCAUCAUCAGCAGUAAUACAACAACCAUUACCACCAGCACCAUUAUCAGCAGUAGCAGCGUCACCACUGCUACCGUCACUGUUCCUCACUAUCACCCCCAUUAGCAGUCAUACAUCCGUUACCAUCACCAUCAGCAGUAAUACAGCAGCUACCUCCACCACCAUCAGCAGUUCUUCAGCCGCUACCACCACCAGUACUACAGCAGCCACCAUAUUUUAUGUCAACUCACAGCCAUCUUGUUUCCAGAGAUUCUCCUUUUUCACCAAUUUAUAAAUCGAAUUGACCAAAGAAUUACAAGUGUUUUUUUUAAAAACCCUCCCUAUUUAAUUUCUGUUCACAUUAUAUCACAAAUCUACUCAACAUGGAUGAGACUUACGAUGUUAUUGUCUUAGGCACUGGGCUUAAGGAAUGCAUUCUCAGUGGCAUGUUGUCAGUAGUUGGCAAACGAGUUCUUCACAUGGAUCGGAAUAAAUACUAUGGAGGGGAGAGUGCAUCCAUGACACCAUUAGAAGAACUUUAUUCGAAAUUUGGCAUGGGAACCCCACCGAGUGAAUUUGGUAGAGGCAGAGAUUGGAAUGUGGAUCUCAUCCCUAAAUUCCUCAUGGCAAAUGGUCAGUUGGUGAAGAUUUUAAUAAAAACUGGUGUCACUAGAUAUUUAGAGUUCAAAUCAGUUGAAGGUAGCUUUGUAUAUAAAGGUGGCAAGGUAUAUAAAGUGCCAGCCUCAGAAAGGGAAGCUUUAAGUUCAACUCUGUUAGGAUUGUUUGAAAAACGUCGCUUCCGUAGGUUUUUACAGUUUGUGCAGGAUUUUGAUGAAGAUGAUCCCUCAACCUGGUGCAAUGUAAACCCUGAAUCGACAACAUCAGAGGAAUUAUAUAAGAAUUAUAAAUUGGACUGCGGCACUAUAGACUUUACUGGACAUGCUUUAUCUCUCUAUUUAAAUGAUAAUUACAUGACUAGACCUGCUAUUGACACCAUCAAACGAUGCAGACUUUACAGUGACUCUUUAUCUCGUUUUGGAAGAUCUCCUUAUUUGUAUCCCUUAUAUGGUCUUGGAGAGUUACCACAGGGAUUUGCUCGACUAAGUGCAAUUUAUGGUGGAACUUACAUGUUGGACAAACCAGUCGAUGAACUGAUCUUUGAAGAAGGUAAAGCUGUAGGAGUGAAAUCGCAAGGACAGGUAGCUAAUUGUAAAAUGAUCAUCUGUGAUCCGUCUUAUGCUCCAGAGAAGUGUAAAAAGCAAGGACAGGUUGUCCGAGCAAUCUGCAUUCUUGAUCAUUGUAUUCCUGAUACAGACAAUAGUUUAUCAUGUCAGAUAAUCAUUCCACAAUCCCAGGUGAACAGGCAAAAUGAUAUUUAUGUUUGUUGUGUCUCUUAUGCACAUAAUGUCGCAGCGAAAAAUUUCUAUUUGGCCAUUGUGAGCACCACUGCAGAGACUGACAAUCCUGAAAAUGAACUUAGUGCAGGUCUGAACCUCCUCGGCCCCAUCAAACAAAAGUUUGUAUCAAUCAGUGAUCUUUUAGAACCAAUAGAUGAUGGUACAGACAGUCGGCUCUUUAUCUCCAAGAAUUAUGAUGCCACCACUCACUUUGAAACUACAUGUAACGAUGUUUUGGAUAUUUUCAAACGAGCCACUGGGGAAGAUUUUGACUUUUCGAAAGUCACACAUGCUGGAAUGGAAGAUAAUUGCUGAGGCUGUAUUUCACAUAACUGGAUUAAUGUUGCUCCUGGCAAGAUUCAGAUGUUUCCCCUUUUAACACCAACAUCUGCUCUGGAUGCAAACAUUCUCUUCCUGCUUUUCUCUCAGCAGCACACUAUUACAUCCCAACAGCUUCGAAGCUAGUUUGGAUCAUUAGGCUUUUGACAUGCUUAUUCAUACUGAUAGCUCGACUAGUCAUUUCUGUGAUGUUCUAUUAAUAAUGUAGUUCACAUUUGUCACAGAUAUCUAAUGUCUAGACUACUUUUAGGCUUUGGCUCAUUGGCAUGAGACAAAAAUUGUUCCAUUGUUUUUUUUUUUCUUUUUGUUUUUUCUUUCUUUUCCUGAUGAGUUCAUAAAUUUUGCAGAGCAGAGACAAUCUUUUUCUCUUAGCUAUGAAACAGUUACUACAAUAAAAUAAAAUUCAUAUUUAGUAAUCAAUCCUGUAUUUUUUAAUUUUAAUUUCUUGUUACAUAUUACUUCUUUUUAUUAAAUUAUGGUAUUCUUGUCAAUGGAAAUUAUUAAAUUUCUACAUUAUACAUAUAUUUUCCUUUUUUUUUUUUCUGCUUAUUUUCUUAGUUUCUUCUCACAUAAAAUAAUAUGAAUUAGCUUAUUUGUAUCUUAUCAUUAAUUUGUUACAAUAAUAACCCUGAAACCAAGAAUUAACUGUUCAACUAAUAUAAUAAUAACGAUGAUGAUGAUGAUGAUAACAAUAACAGCCUAGACUUCUCUGCACACUUGAUUUCCCCCCUGUAGUAGUUAAUCCUUUAAUGUAAAAUCUCUUCAAAUAAGCCUUCAUUAAAAUUUUAGCUUUGUCUCAACAUUUCUUCUUCAAUCUAUUCGAUGUUUAGGUAUUUAAUGUGUUAUCAUCUUUUACCUUUUUUUUCUUUUCAAGUUUUCCAUUACAUUUUGAGUAUUUUUUUUUUUUUUCUUUUGGAAAAAAAUAUGUAAAACUUUCUUAUGCACCAUUUUUUCUUUUCAAUAUUGUCAUGUUUUGAUUGACCAAAAAACAAUUAGGAAAAAAAAAUAUUUUAAAAAAAAAGGCUUGAUUGAAAUUUUAAAAAAAUACAAUGGUAUAAGUUCUUAAAAUUAAUUAAAAAAAAAAAAUAAAAGCAAUCUAAUGAUCAUUGGCUAGUUCUGUGUUUUUCUGUUUUUUUUUGAUUAUCGAAGUGCCAUCAUUGCUCUCAAUAAUAAUAAUAAUAAUAAUAAUAAUAAACUGUCUGUAUCCACAUCAAUCAGAUAAUGUAUGAUAAUGUCAUGUCUUCAGUUUGAACAAUAAAUGUAGAGCACUUC